AUGGGCACUCUCGAGUCGUUGAAGUGGGCUCUCAGGUGCAAAGCUGCGGCAGCGGCCCCAUCUCCCCACGUCCCAUUGUGUGACGAACAAUAUACCGCAGGAUUUGAUAUCCUGUUGAAGGGCUCAGGAAUAUUGACUUACCAGGAGUUCAUCACCCCCCAGCUAUCUCAUGUCUUUGAGCCUCUCUUUAGUUCCUCUGGGCAUAGCUCGAUACUAGAAAUAGGACCCGGCGCCAAGAGUGUGCUUGGAUCUCUACCCGCCCAUCUUGCAGAGAAGAUUUCAAAAUACACUGCAUUAGAGCCUAAUCACAACCUUCUUACAAAAUUGGUUGAAUGGGUUUCCCCUGUUUCGCAGGAUUCCCCGUUUCCCAGCUUGAAAUGCCCACCUGAAAUCUGUCAGAUGCCAUUCGUGCUGCGCAGCGAUGCAGAAAGCGAUACAAGCAGCGAUACCGAGAGCUAUCGGCGCGAAAAAAAUGAAACUUUUGAUGUUAUCUUAUUCUGUCAUAGUAUGUAUGGCAUGAACCCCAAAUCCAAAUUCAUUGAACAAGCUGUGGGUAUGCUGAAGCCCGGGGGUAUGGUGGUUGUUUUCCAUCGUUACGGAUCGCAACACUUUGGCGAGCUUGUUUGUCAUCGGGCCGCUUCUUUUCCAACUGGAAUUGUUUCUGUGGAAGAUGACGAUGAAACACUUGAUAGUUUCGCUGGUUUCAUUGCGGGGUUUGGUGUACAUCUCAACCUCCGAGCGGAAUGGCGAGAUGUGUGCCGUACUGUAGCCCGUCGUGAUGAUUCCCAGCCAAAUCAGCUUUUAUUUGGCUCAUCUGAUAUCAUGAUGGUUUUUAACAGACCUGCAACCGCGUUGCCUGAGCUCACGACGCAGGUGCCGAUGUUGAAAGGAAAAAUGGCGACAAAGAACCGUGAGGCUCGCCUCAACCAUUCCGCCGCAAUUGUGAAACCCACUGAUGUGCAACAAGUCCAGCUAUGCGUUCAAUGGGCUUUAGAGCAUGGUCUCCGUUUGAGCAUCAUUGGUGGAGGCCACAGUGGUCAUUGCCUAGUGCCAAAUGUGGUUGCGGUUGAUAUGAGUGCUUUUAACCAAGUACACGUCCUGUCCUGUAAUGAUGCUGAUGCAAGCACCUUGGUCAUCGCCGGUGCAGGGUGUCAUACAGAGAACAUCAUUCGCAGCACAAUGGCUGCGGGUUUAACAGUGCCCUUGGGGUCCCGCCCAAGUGUUGGUGCAGGCUUAUGGCUUCAAGGUGGCAUUGGACAUCUGGCAAGGCGUCACGGUCUGUCUUGUGACGCCAUUGUCGGUGCCGUGAUGGUCAGUGUUGAAUCUGGUCAGAUCCUCUAUAUUGGUCAUGUACCAUCCCAGCACCUCCCGACCGGUACCGUCCGUGUGACAAACAGAGAUAUGCUGUGGGUGAUCAAGGGCGCUGGUACUAAUUUUGGCAUUAUUGUCAGCGUUACUUUCAAGACAUUCCUGGCUCGGAAAUACUCAAUUCGAAAUUGGUUUUUCCCUCUGAGUGAUGAAAAUGGCUCUCAGCUUACGGGAUUUGAUUACUUCGUCGCUGACGAGUUAUCUGAGAGUUACUCAGCGGAUGCAUAUUUGUACUGGGCUGACGGGCAGCUGUGUCUUGGCAUUAACGUGUUCGAAUCUUACACGACCAGCCCGGCUGUUGAAAACACCAUAAUAGAGCAAUUACGCAAGAAACUUGGACAAGAGACCUGUUCCAAUACUGUGGACAGUGUCGGUUUGUUCGAGGCCGAAAUGUACAUGACCGAGAUGCACGGCGGAUAUGCCGGAGGCAAGACGUCUUCAUUCAAGCGAUGCUUAUUUUUGAAACGCAUCGGAGAACCGAGAAUGGCCAAGACUUUGGUGGCAGCCAUGGAGAAUCGGCCAACACCUCUCUGCUACCUUCAUCUUCUACAAGGUGGGGAGGCGGUCCGCAAAGUGCCGGCCAAUGCUAGUGCUUUUGGCUGUCGAGACUGGGAUUUUGCUUGUGUGGUAACUGGGGUCUGGCCUCGCGACCAAGAUGGAACUGAAGUCGCUCGCUCUGCCAUUGAUUGGGUGUACAACGUCGCCGGAAAGUUAUUACCCUUGAGUAGCGGAGUCUACAGUGCAGACAUCGGACCGGACCCCCGAGAUACUAUACUGGCGGUCAAAGCUUUUGGACUAAAUCUGUCGCACCUUCAUCGCCUCAAACAGAGACUGGAUCCCCAAAAUGUGCUGGCUUAUGCCUGCCCACUCCAAAAGCCGCUCGUUGGACAGAAUCUCAAGCUGAUCAUUCUCGUCACGGGUGAAAGUGGCGCGGGUAAAGAUUACUGCGCCAAUAUUUGGCUCUCUGCAUUCCUCGGCACUAGGAAAAUGAGAGCGGGUUUAGUAAGUAUUAGCGAUGCGACCCCGAGAGAAUAUGCCAUCGCGACCGGCGCUGAUCUGAACCGCCUGGUUUGGAAUCGUCCAUACAAAGAACGACUUCGGUCAGCGUUGGAAACCUUUUUCCAGAAGCAGUUGAGUGAUAGACCAACUUUGUUAGAGGAGCAAUUUUUAGCAGUGGUAUCUGAAGCCACGGACGUGCAUGUGCUCAUAAUUACAGGAAUGAGAGAUGAGGCACCGGUUACCUACUUUUCCCAUUUAGUAUCAGGUACUAAGCUGCUAGAUGUUCGCGUUCAGACUAGCGAAGACGCAAGGAAAAUCCAAUGCGGUUUUGCCGGCGGCGGGGACGGUAACAAGGAAAAGGACAAGAGUCAUCACACGUCCUACUCUUCCAGCUUUAUUUUCGAUAAUGAGACGAUGGGAAACCAUGCAGCAAAGCAGUUCGCUGAAGACUACCUCCUUCAAUUUCUCAAUGAGGAUCUUCAGUCCCUGGCCAAUAUGGUGCGCACAGUUCCCGACUUCCCAAUCCCAGGGCUUGAUUUCCGUGAUGUGCUCAACAUCGCCCAGCAGCAAAGUGGGCUAAAACUUUGCUCAUCUCUUCUGCAAAGCCAUUUCACUGGUCGCUGGUCUGAAGUUGAUGCCAUAGUGUGCUGCGAGGCUGGUGGUUUUAUCUUUGCCUCCGCGCUGGCAUUGCAAGUCGGAGUACCCCUGGCGUUGGUUCGUGGAGCGGGGAAGCUUCCUCCGCCUACGGUUUCUGUUAGGAGGCCUGGAUCACAUAUCUCGACAAAGUAUAAGCUGUCAAGAAUGGAAAUGAUUGAGAUCGACGGAUUUUCAAUCUCUGUUGACGACAGGGUGGUGGUAGUGGAUGAUACUCUCGCCUCGGGAGAGACACUUUGUGCGGUAAUGCGGCUUUUAGAAAAAUCCGGCAUUUGUACCAAGGAUGUCAGCAUUAUGGUCGUGGCCGAGUUCCCUAAGCAUCGUGGUCGGGAAAGGUUGCGUGAUAAUGGGUUUGGGGGAGUCGAGAUUCAAAGCCUUUUAGUUUUGAUGGUGAGUAAGCAGAAAACAAGGAGCAUCCAAUUAAGAUUUGUUGAUUUUGGCUACUGUAUUAAGGUUAGAUCAAGAAUGGAAGAAUAA